GAGAGGUUCCACCCCCAUAUGAUAAGUGGUCCAGAAAAUGGAGGGAAGGCGUCUUCAGCGCCGCCCCUUUGUGCCACUUCUGCUUUGACUCGUCAACAUUUAACGGACACGAAGAACAGACACGCAACAAGAAGACACGCUUUGGUUGAGGAUCACAUGACUUCCAUUGAUGACAUCAUGACAGACUUGGUGACUGAGGACCCAUCCUAUGGUGGGCCCACGGCCACCGACGACUACGACUACCCUGACCUUCUGUGCAACCUGGAGUCCGUGCGCCAUUUCCGGCGCGUGUGCGAACCGCCACUCUUCUGGAUAAUUGCGCUGGUGGGCGGAGCCGGGAACCUGGCGGUGGUGUGGAUCUAUCUGAACUUCCGGCGGCGCCUGAAAACCAUGACAGAUGUCUUCCUAUUCAACCUGGCAAUGGCUGACCUUUUGUUCCUGGUCACGCUGCCGCUGUGGGCGGCCGAGGCAUCUCAUGGCUGGAGCUUUGGGUCCGUCCUGUGCAGGAUCACCUCGGGCCUGUACAAGGUCAACCUGUUCAGCAGCACACUCCUCCUUACCUGCAUCAGCGUGGACCGCUACGUUGUCAUCGUGCAGACCGCCAAAGCACACAACUCGCAGGCGGAGCGGCGCCGCUGCGGCCGGCUGGUGUGCGCAGGGGUGUGGCUCUCCGCCCUGCUGCUUUCCACACCCGAGUUGGUGUUUGCCACAACGGCGGCAGCAGAUGGCGAAACUCAGGAGUUUUGCAGGAUGGUGUUCCCGCCACACGUGGGGCAGCGUACAAAGAUGGCGUUGCUGUCGGUGCAGGUGGUAAUGGGCUUCUGCUUGCCCUUCCUGGUCAUGGCAGCGUGCUACAGCGCUGUUGUGGCCACGCUGCUCAAGACACGCAAUUUUCAGAAGCACAAGGCCAUGCGUGUCAUCCUGGUGGUGGUGGUGGUCUUCUUGGCGUCGCAGCUGCCUCACAAUGCCGUGCUGGUGACAGAGGCAGUACAGGCGGGCAAUGUGACCAUGACAGAUUGCAAGGAGCUCAAACGGUUCCUGAAGGCUGGCCAGGUGUUGAAGGGCGUAGCCUACCUGCAUGCCUGCCUCAACCCUUUCCUCUACGCCUUUGUUGGUGUGCGCUUCAGGCGUGACCUCUUGCGGCUGCUGAGGUGUUGCCGCCGCACGCCACCGUCAGACCAGUCAAGCCGCUCCGGCAAAAGUCAGCUGGGUUCGGUGAGAGCGUCUGACAGCGACACGUCACAGGCACUGUCACUAUAGGCGGGACUUCCUGUUGGUGGCGUGGUGGCCGUGACAAUGCGCUUGUUACGUAAAAGACGUUUCGUCAAAACAGGAAGUGCUAACAGACAAACAAGCAGCAGGAAAUUGACUGUCAUGCUUUUUUCUUCGCUUCCUUCCCUCACGUCCUGUUUUCACCUCCAUUCUGACAAACUUUCUCAUGCAUGACCUUUAUUAAAAAAAAACAGAAACGAGAGAUAACAAAACAUGUCAGCUAUUGUACACAUGGACGAACAAAGUUGUUUUGAUGAUACGUUAAGAUAUGUUAAGGUGACAGGAAGUGAUGAGUGAUGCUGGUAAAAGCGGUCUGAGGAGUUCCUCUCAACAAAAUAAAAAGAAACUUUGACCCUAAGUAACCUUUAAUGUCUGGAGAAACUUCUUCGUUUGUCCUUGACCACUUCCUGUUGCCUUUUAGGUCUCCUGAUGUUUCAAACAGGAAGUGACAUGGCCACUUGACGCCAGAACUUUUCUUUUCAGAGGAACAACAAACAAACAGCUGAGUCACAGUGUGUGUGUGUGUGUGUCAGCUGACCUCUGUGUUUCAGCAUGCUUCCUAUUUGCUGACACAGCUGCACGCACACACACACAAAGAUACACACACAGUGUGACAACAAAGGUCACAGGUCCCAGAUGGACAAAGGCGGCCAUCUUUCCAGAAACUCGUCCUCCCAUAAAUC